AUGAACACAAUUAUUGUCACUGAUAAAUGUGAUACAUUCGAAAACACAAUUCUGACCGACGAAGUUACUAAAAGUAUCAUGGGAGAGUUAUUCGAGAAGUACAAAAAAGAGUGUAUUGUUCUUGAUUUAAAAGUAGACAACACAAUUACACCAAUUAACAGUUGCGUUGGUGGUAUACCUUAUUACCCAAAAGGAUCGGUUUAUCCUUACAUAGAUGGACAUCCACUUGUGUUGUUAUGUCAGAUCAAUUUCUCUGAAAUGCCAAAACUCGUUAAUUUUCCAACAAGUGGAAUGCUCCAAUUUUUUGUUGAUCCCGAAGACCAGUACGACACUUCAAGGUUUAAGGUUCUUUACACUAAAGAAGUUUCUAUUGCAAAUCACCAACCACUUCCAGAUGAUGCAAAGAUCGCAAUGGAAAACAAAAACAAAGAAGUUCCGUAUUUUGGUGUAUUUAGAGUUCAUGGCAAACUCGGCGAGACAGUUGCAAUUCCAUUAAACGAACGAGAAAAUAUUGUUAAAAAGCUUGCAAUCAAAUAUUCUGCGAGUACAUCAGCUAUAGAAUUUCAAAUUGACACAACACAAGCAUUCUUCAAGGCAGUUUCUAAUUACGGAGGAUGUCCUCAUUACAUCCAAAUGGAAGAGAGCUUCCGUGAUGAUAUUGGCAAUAAAGAUACUCUUUUAUUACAAUUGGCAUCUGAAGAGUAUUCUGAAAAUGAAGAAAAAUAUCCCGAUGGGAACGAUACCAAUAAAAUGGAGUGGUGUGAUAAUGGUGUUGGGCUUUUCUUCAUCAAUCAUGACAACUUGAAAAACUUAGACUUCUCUGAUAUAUUUUAUGGUAUUGACACCGAUUAA